AAACGAUGGCUAAUAAUAAAGACUUCUCGGACACGAACUUCACCAUCAAAUGCAAGCAUUUGUGGCACUCGUCCCAAAUCUAUUGUCUCACGUUUGACAGAAGCGGUCGAUACAUAUUCACGGGCGGCGACGACGGUCUCGUCAAAGUGUACUCCACGCGCACCGACCGACUCGUCCGGUGUCUGUCCGACGGCACCGAACGCGAGUUCGUCGACGAAUUGGUCAGCGUUUGUCAG